AUGGCGUCACUCACAUCUCGCUUGGAGCACUCUGUCACUCCAAAUGCUCUCAGAUCGUAUCUUGCCGAGUUCAUCUCCACUUUCCUUUUCGUUUUCGCCGCCGCCGGGUCCUCCAUGUCUUCUCGGAAAAUGACGCCGGAUGCUGCAUCAGAUCCGUCUAGUCUGGUGGCAAUUGCAGUUGCGACCGCCUUUGCAUUGUCGGUGGCGGUGUACAUUGCUGGCAAUAUUUCCGGUGGCCAUGUUAAUCCGGCCGUCACGUUCGGAAUGGCGGUGGGAGGGCACAUAAGCAUUCCAAUGACCAUCUUUUACUGUAUUUCACAGAUGCUUGGUUCUGUUAUGGCUUGCCUAUUCCUAAAAGUGUUCACGGUUGGACAGCAUUUUCCGACCCAUGCAAUUGCACAUGAAAUGACCGGGUUUGGAGCGUCUGUUUUAGAAGGGGUAAUGACAUUCGCUUUGGUGUACACCGUCUAUGCAGCCGGGGACCCGAGGCGUGGUCCAUUGGGAGCCAUUGGGCCCCUAGCAAUUGGAUUGAUAGCCGGAGCCAAUGUGUUGGCUUCGGGGCCCUUUACUGGUGGGUCAAUGAACCCGGCAUACUCUUUCGGGUCUGCUGCUGUGAGUGGGAGCUUCAAGAAUCAGGCAGUGUAUUGGAUCGGACCAUUGAUCGGCGGGGCGGUUGCCGGCAUUCUUUACGAUAACGUGCUGUUCCCUAGUCAAGGGCCUGAACCUUUUAGGGGCAUUGCAGAUGGAGUAGGAGGAGGAGUUGGAGUAUAAAUGGUAGAAAAUAAGAAAUGUUUUUUUUUUUUUAAUUUCAUUUGUUUUAUAAUUUGUACCUUGUAGGAGAAGACACAGUUGGUGUGUUUGACAAUGGUAACUUAAAAUAUAAUCUCAAAUUUUUAGUAUUUUGCAUCUUUUCCCCUUAUUUAAACUCUAUAUCAAAAUUCAAUUGUUGAAUUAUAAUCCCAUUAAUAUUUAGAACAUUGCUGACUAAAGUCUUUUGUCAAUGAGACACACUUAAUUUAUGUGAUUAGAAAAUAUGAUUUUUUAUAUUUAAUGCCGUUAUGAUAUUAGUUGAAUGGAAUCGAUUUUCGAAUUACUUAUUACUAUUUUUUAUUUCGUUUAUUAUUUUUUUAUUUUAUUCUACCUCGGUCUAAAGAAACUCAUUUAAUUUGAAUUUAAUUAGUAUUGAGAAUUACUUGCUUAAAAUUCAACAGAUUUUUUAGACAUAUAUCAAUCCAAUGCAUUACAGCCCAAGGGAUAGAGUGUUGGUAUAGAUCUGAGAUAAAUCUUUGACCCUCCUCGCCCACAACCGGACCAAAAGGGAAGGUCGUUUAUGAAUUGCACCCAUGACUUGAAUAUUGUGGAGUCGAUA